GCUGGUCUGACAGAACACCGGCUCUGUGCAGCAGCCUGUUUACUCUGCAGAUAGUGACUCUCUGACCUGCUCUAACAUUCUCAGAUCUACACCUAAAAACAUUUGGAUGUCACUCUAUUAUAGAUUCUUUAAAGACGAGCAGAUUCUGUUAGAUUAUUAAUCUGGUUUGAGAAGGUUCUGCUUGAAAGUAAAUAAUCCAGCGGUGCUCCUGGUGAAACGUCUCGUUAUAAAAAUAAAGUUUUAGCAGGUUUAUUUGUUUGGUGGACUGAGAGAUUAUUGCACUUUAUUUAAACAGAAUCUUUUCUCCAGAGAGGAUUAAUAAUCUAACAGAUUCUGCUAAUUCUACGAUUAUGAGACUUGGUUAGAUGGACGCAGAGUUUUUAAUCUAGACCACCAGAGAAAAGACCUGAUAGCCUGGUCUGUUGACGAUUCGAGUCGAGUUUCUCCAGCUCCUGCGCUGACAGGAACCCUUUGGUCUGUGGAUGUUUUUCAAGAUGGCAGAAUUCCUCUGGGUUCUGGACCGGUCCUGGACUUUAAUGUGGUUCAGAAACAGAGCCAGUCCGGGUUCUGGUGGGCGUCUCUUUGCAGACCUCAGAACCAGUUAGAAAGCAAACCAGUCCCCCUCUGUUUGUCCUGGUUAGGGUUAGGUUAAGGUCAACCCUUGGACCUGGAAGUGGAGCCAGAACGUGUCUUCAGCAGAACUUUUCCUGAUGUUCUGACAGGAUUUCUUCCAGAAGGUUUUAUUGGAAUCUCAGUCUGGCUCUGGAUGUUAUUUAUAAAAUCCUCUCCAACGUCACACCACCAGUAAAACCCAAACCAGUCCAGCUGUCCAACACUCCCAGUCUGAGCUGAGUCCAGCUGUCCAACACUCCCAGUCUGAGCUGGGAGCUCCUGGUGCUCCUCCUCCUCCCCCUCCUCCCUCCCUCCCCUUGUCUCCUCUCAGAGGCGAUGAGCAGCCGGACUGAGCGGAGGAUGUUGUCAUCUCAUUCUGCUACCUUUGUAUCCACCUCCUCAAGCCACCCUCCACCUCACCCAGUGACCUCUGACUCCCGAAAAGUUACCAUGGAAACCUACUGGAGAGAGGUCCAGAGCAUCGAAGAGGAGCAGGAGGGGGAAGAAGAGGAGGAAGAAGAGGAGGAGAGUAAAAGUUUAGAUGAGGUGGAGUUGGAGGAGGCGUGGCUGACGGAGGCGGGGUUAUCCUCGCUGCUCGUAGACUCUGCAUCCACAGAGGCUCCACCUGUGGCGGAGGCCGUGCUGUCCACGUUGACGCGGCAACAAGCCGCCACGGUCAAAAAGAGGCUGGACAACUACAACGAGACACUGAGGAAAAGAAACAGGCAGCCAAUCAGAGACGUGCGUGAUGUCUUCACAGAGCCUGAUGGGGACGCCGCAGUCCACUGUAGCCCGUUCCCAACCCAACGUCAUCCGGAGUCACCGCCAAGGAGGUACCACACCACCACCAAGACCAUCCGCCGCAGCACUAACAGAGGUACUGCUCAGUCUACAUCUAUGGGAGUCCAAAUAAAGCGCACCCGGCCACCACACAGAAGAACCCGGGACAGCGGCGUGUUCGGUGUCUCUCUGAACUCUCUGUUGGACAACGACAGGAAGACGUUUCCUGGAGUCAAAGUUCCUGUCUUCUUCCAGAAGUUGCUGGGCGUCUUGGAGCAGAGCGCUCUGCAGACGGAAGGAAUCCUUCGGGUCCCAGGAUCCGCUGCCAAACUGAAGUACCUGCGCAGGGAGCUGGACAGGUGCUGGAGCAUCUUUGACUGGUCUGAAGUUCGCCCCGUGGACGCCUCCGGACUGCUGAAGCUUUUCAUCAGGGAGCUGCCGACGCCCCUGCUGACCAACGCGCACCUGUCCACGUUCUGCUCCCUGCUGGCCGUGUCCUCUGAGGUCCAUCAGGUCCAGGCUCUGCAGCUGCUUCUGCUGCUUCUUCCUGAAGCCCACAGAAACACCCUCAAGGCCCUGCUGGUCUUCCUUGGUAAGGUGGUCUCCCAUCAGGACCACAACCGAAUGUCUCUGUGGAAUGUCUCCAUGGUGAUGGCGCCCAAUAUAUUCACUCGCCGUAACCGUGGAAAUAAACGCUCCAUUAGCAAGCAGCGGGGUGAGAUGGAGGAGGCGGUGGGCGGAGCUCACCUGAUCGGACUCAUGAUCCGCCACCAAGACCUGCUGUGGACCGUCCCAAAGUUUCUUCUGUCCCAGGUGAGACAGAUGAACCAGGCGUCCAAUCACAGACAGUUUAACCUGAGCAGGGCGACGUCCCGCCUCCUGAGGAGGAGGAACGAGAAGAACGACAGGAACCAGGUCGGCGAGCUGUGCGAAGGCGUCAUCAGGGUCCACGCUCCCCUGCACGCCAAGGUUUCCAUGGCGAUACAGCUAGACGAACAAACCACGGCCAAAGACGUGACGAGCCGCUUCGAGUCCCGGAGCAGCCCCGCCCAGCAUCUCUACGAGGUCGGAGGGAACAUCUAUGAGCGCCGCCUGCAGCCGGACUGCUGCCUGCUGGACGUGUACCGAGAAAACCCGGGCUGCGAUUGGCUGAUCAAACCCUGACCACUGACUGAACUCACCUGUACCUGCUGAGUGUCCAAUAAAAGCCUGAACACGGCGCCG